AUGGCCGCCGCCUCCGUUUCAAGCGUCGCAUCGCAGUACCAGCAGGAGCUGAGCGACAAGAUCGAGGACAUCAAGCAGGCCGCUGUUCACCUGCAGGAGCAAGCCCCGGCUCUCGUCAACGACAUCCCCGCCAAGGUCGAGCCGUACAAGCAGGAGCUCAUCGCCACCAUCCAGGCCACGGGUGAUGUGGCGACGCCGCCGGUGGCCGUCCUCACGACGAUGAUGUGGACGUCGAUGAUGCUGAUCGGCGGGACGGUGGCGACCGUCAUCUCGGCCAACGUGUUCGCCCCCAUCUUCUCGAUGGCCAUCGGCACGUUCGGCGCGCUGGCGCUGGCCCUCGUCGGGCUGCCCCUCAUCGCCUACUACCGCAUCAAGGCGGACGUUGCCGAGGGCGUGCCCGAGUCGACGACCCGCUUCGGCCUGCUCAGCCUCGCCCUCGUUGAGGGGCUGCUCGUCGGCUACAUCCUGGCCGACCGAUACGUGAGCGGUGCCCCGGUGGCCGCUCUGCCCGUUGCCCUCACCUCCAUCCUCUACCAGCUGGCCUCGGCCCAGUUUGGCAACAAUCGCCAGAUGCUGCUGGGCGCCUCGGCCGGCGCGGCCACGCUCGCCACGCUGACGGUGGGCCUGGUGCUGGGCAGCCUGACGGCCUCGUACCUGCUGCUGACGCUGCUCUACGGCGGAGCCAUCGCCGCCACGCUGCAGUACCUCUUCGCCAACGUCACCAAUGACUCGACGCCCACCCACCAGUACGAGCUCGGCCUGUUCAUCGCCAUCCAGGCGUCGUACAUCCUGGUGCACGCGCUGUGCGGCAUGUCGGGCAGCGACUACAAGGCCGCCCAGCAGCAC